UCCUUCUCAUUGGCCAAGACUGCACGGUCCGGAUGGUCAAUAUUCUCAGGACUUGCGCUCAAGAGAGCCCUGGAUGGUGAAAAUGGUACUCAAGCCUUGGUCUGAGCCGAAACACUGUGUGAAAUUUCUCCCAUGGGACUAUUUGUUUUUUUCUCCUGUUGUACCAUCUCGCUUCAACUAAAAUCUUUGGAAGGAAAGCAAUUCCCGCAGCAGGUUUUUCCAAACGAUUUCUGACCUCGCCGCAAAACAUCUGUCAAUCAACAAGAUUGUAUGUAUUGGCUUGGGCACCCUUAACCAAGAUAAAGCGUGGUAUCAGUCUUCACUGCAACAUAUGACUACUUUCACUAUCGCAGAUCAGCUGGAGAGCGUCCACCGGGAACCCGUUCAGGUCAUUCUCCAAGACCCCUGCUACACUGAGAAAGACCUAAUGAUACUUGGGGAAUUAUACAAAAAGUCUCCUCUUUUAUUCGAUCCAAAGGGCCUGCUAGUGAUCGAUUCGAACACGACUUUGAUGACGGCCUUCCUUCCUGUCGGCUACCCUUUGAUGCAUAUGAUAGCAGACAUGUUCUGGUACAAAUGGAGAGGGACCAGCUGCUAUAAUCUGCGACGACAUGGAACUGGAUCCUUCUAACACGUACUGCAAGCUAACUGAUCGAUCAUCGCCAGAAGUGGCUCGAUUCCUGACGACACAAUACGUUGUGCAGGAUUUCAAGGAUCAUGUUUUAGAGGAAGAGCUGGUUAAAGACCAGCAUGUGGACGAAGUGCGUUCCUACUGGCUCUCGCAGAUGUAGCUGUACACUCGUAACCAGAGGGGCAUCGUGAGUUCUUACUCAAAAUUCGGACCAGAUUGUCCCUUCAGGGCUUAACGUAAAUACUAAGCGAGUGAGCCAUCGAAGCGAGUGAGCCACCCCACCAAAUUUCUAUACCCUACAACUAUAAAUCAACUAUGGCUCCACCAAACAUAGCCCAACACGCUUCUUGUGAGACUGAUAU